CCUUUGUUCUGUGUAUAGGACUAAGAUGAAGCUGAGAAAACUUCACUUGAGAUUGAUGAAAUAGAGAUGAUGGAUGAUAAAGCUGGAGGAACAAAUGAGUGGAGUUAUCGUCUCAAAGGUGGAUUGUUCCUGGCAAGCAUUGGAGGUGUAUCAGUUCUUUUGGGAUUUGGAGGAGCUGUGGCUCUGGCACGCAAGGGAGAUCCUCAGGCAUUUGCUCAUGGCCUCACACCAAAUGGAAGACAUGAGACAGGGGCUUCCCUUGCCCUUAGGGCCCUGAAGUGGGGUUCUCUAUGUGCUAUAACUGGUGUUGGACUCAUCUCCUUCCUCGUAUUCAAGGCAUCAGGUGCUCAUUCUUUGGUGGAGUUCCGGAAGAAUAUUGGAUCAGCACUUCCAAAAAUACCCCAAAAUGACCCCCCUCAGAGCAGAACAGAAUUCUCAGGGUUUCGGGAUCUGUUUGAAUACUUGGCUUCAGAAGAUGCCACUAAGAGGGAGAACAAACCUUGA